AAGUUGCGAUGGAAGAGGAACGUCGGAUUUGGUGUCUGUCCCCCAUUUCCAAUUAUAGAUGGAUCAUUACAGACAGAGAAGUACUGAGAAUCCAGACAUCUGCUCUUCACAUGAAUGCACUCACCUCCUAGAGAACAGCCUGCCAUCAUGCUCUGGAAACUGGUUGAAAAUGUCAAGUAUGAAGAUAUCUAUGAGUUUCCUGAGCCGGAUCUUUUCCAAACGGGCUCCGCGAAUGCAUUUCUUGACCGGCAUGAUGGAGUGCCCAGCCACAGUUCCAGGUUGUCCCAGCUGGGAUCCGUCUCCCAGGGACCCUACUCCAGCGCUCCUCCACUCUCUCACACCCCAUCCUCGGAUUUCCAGCCGCCUUACUUCCCACCCCCCUACCAGCCUCUUCCUUACCACCAAAGCCAGGACCCUUACUCCCAUGUCAAUGACCCCUACUCCCUAAACUCCCUGCAUCAACCCCAGCAGCAUCCCUGGGGCCAGAGGCAGAGGCAAGACGUGGGAUCGGAGACAGGGUCACUGCUGCCGCAGCCUCGGGCCGCCCUGCCCCAGCUCUCAGGCCUGGAUCCCAGGCGGGACUACCACUCCGUGAGGAGGCCAGAUGUCCUGCUCCACUCAGCUCACCAUGGCCUUGACUCCGGGAUGGGGGACAGCCUUGCCCUGCACGGCAUCGGGCACCCAGGGAUGGAGGAGGUCCAGUCAGUUGAAGAUGCCAAUAACAGCGGUAUGAACUUAUUGGACCAGUCUGUCAUUAAAAAAGAAAGGCGCUGUCCGUUGUACAAAAGGCAUCGGGGGGCUCUGGGUGAGACACAGGCUCAAACCCGAAAGUUGCCAGUUCCCGUUCCUCCAAAAUCUGUUACUUCUUUGAUGAUGAACAAAGAUGGCUUCCUGGGUGGAAUUUCAGUCAAUACUGGAGAGGUGUUUUGCUCUGUACCUGGCCGCUUGUCUUUGCUUAGUUCAACUUCAAAGUAUAAAGUAACUGUAGGAGAAGUUCAAAGACGCCUUUCUCCUCCAGAGUGUCUGAAUGCAUCCCUUCUAGGAGGAGUACUUAGAAGAGCCAAAUCGAAAAACGGGGGGAGAUCUUUGCGAGAAAGGCUAGAAAAAAUCGGUUUGAAUUUACCAGCCGGGAGGCGUAAGGCCGCAAAUGUCACUUUACUCACCUCUCUGGUGGAAGGUGAGGCCGUUCAUUUAGCCCGGGAUUUUGGGUACAUCUGCGAAACCGAGUUCCCAGCCAAAGCUGUUUCUGAGUACUUGAACAGACAGCACACGGACCCCAGCGACCUCCACUCCAGGAAAAACAUGCUGCUUGCUACAAAGCAACUUUGUAAAGAAUUUACAGAUCUCUUGGCCCAGGACAGGACACCCAUUGGAAACAGCCGGCCCACCCCUAUAUUGGAACCGGGCAUUCAGAGCUGCUUGACUCACUUCAGCCUCAUCACUCACGGCUUUGGGGCCCCCGCUAUCUGUGCUGCCCUCACGGCCCUUCAAAACUACCUGACUGAAGCUCUCAAAGGCAUGGACAAGAUGUUCUUGAACAACAACACUGCUAACAGGCACACAUCUGGCGAAGGACCAGCUUUGCCCGCUUGGCUUAUGAGCUUCUUCAAAGAGGACUAGAGAUCCCUACACAAUAUAUCAGGUACAGAGAAAAAAAAUCCACAAUUCUGAUAUUCUGAUACUUUUCUUUCUUUCUUUUUUUUUUUUUUUUCCAAUCAAAGCCAGUUGUUUCUGAAUUCUGUAGGUGCACUUCUUUAAAGAAGCUCAAAGGGAAUAAUUUGAAUGAGAUAAAAAUAUAAGUUGAAAUCAAGGUGUAAUAUCACAAAGAAAAUAAGAGCUGUGUCGAGUGUUACCAUGCUUGCUUGGCAUUAGGGUUUUGCACCCAGGGAGGAAUGGGUUGCCAUGUGAGCUGGCUCCUCGUGAUGGGAGUGGGGAGGGCUUGCCAGGGAAUAUCCUGAUUUCUGAGCUCAGUCUGAGAAAAUCUGUUUCUCUUAGAAAGCUUUAAAAAAAAAAUAGUCUUGUGACUCUUGCUUUAGAACAAGUUGGUGUGGUAGGGGAAAAAAACUUCUUACUGACAAUGUUUUUCUUGGUGGUUUGGUGUCUGACAGGAUGUCUUAUGCAUAUGAUUGGGGGGGUAGAGAGGGAGUCUGAUUUCUUUCCCUUUUUUUUUUUUUUUAACAUACAUUUCUUUGUCUCCUAUGGUAAAAAUGAUGCUGAAGUGUAAGGAUCUGAUUUUCUGUUCGGAUUCUGCCACAUUGGGUAAUUGCAUAUGUGUUUCUCAGUGGGGUAGGGUUCACGCACUAACACAUCUUUUUGCUUAUGUCAGAACAGUUACUAAGUGUGGGUAAAUCUCCUGGAGUUUAUGGUAAAAUUCCAGUGGGGUCAGGCCUCCUCCUAGGAUCCCUGUCAAAGCUGCAGGAACCAAUCCCACCAGCCUAAGCAGGCACACCUGAACUCGAAACAAGGCAGACAGAGAAACAAAAGAGAAGCCUUAGCCUUGUUUUAGUUUCUACAUACCUUCCAAAGUGGAUGGUGGGGGACAAAUAAUUCAGCAGUACUCUCAACAUCCCCCAACAAUAUUUUCUUAAAACAAAAAGGCAAAUGAGCCUUUUGAUUGACACUCUCAGUACCCUUAGCUACCUGAGAAAUGACUACAGCUGAGGGCCUGCUCUGCUUUUCAAAUCUUUGUGCAGCAAGCGAAAGUCUCUUGGCUCUUGUUCCCUACCUGUGAGUUGGGCACACAUACGGCAAUAGAAACCCAGGAAUCCUCCAGACUCCAGGAGCCCUAACCCCUUUGGAGCUGCUCCUCAUUCAUCUACUUUUUGUUCUUCUGGGGCAGAGUGCUAUAGGGAAUCUCAUGUGACAAAAGGGGGAAACUGAGGCAGACAGCCUUCUCCAUGGGCUGCUGGGAUGUGUUGGAAGUAAUCUUCAACCCUAGCAGGUCCAUGGCAGUGGGUUUCACAUGUGGCAUGUCCUGCGGAUGUCACUGUGUAAAGUGUAGAUUCCUGAGAUAUGUAGAUCUCAUGGAUUCCACACUGGUAGUCUGGGGACGCCCAGACUGAAAAGCUGCUUUCAGGCAGCCUCUGGUCCUCCAAAGCCUACCCAUUGCCAAUCACACACAGUUUCAGCAGGAUCCUGGGGAAGGACAAUCCAAGCUGCUGUGCAGAGAAUGCCUCAGCAGGGAUGUGCUGGAAAAGAAAGGGGUAUAUGCAUGUGUGUGUAUCUGGGGAGAAAUGAAUGGCACCACCUGAAAGCACAUCUCCCUUCUCUACCCAACCGGAAUAUUCUGUUUACUGAAACAGAGCACAAAGCGUUGAAUGUUGCUUUGCCUGCCCUCUGCAAAAACCUUUGUGAGGAGCACAUGGGUCCAGCCACCCCAGUGGGGUAUCUGGGAGUGAGGAGACCUCAGGUUAGCUCUCAGCCUUCUGCCUCCCUAGUUGUACAUGCAGGGACCUGGGGACCUGCUCCAUCUCAACCCAGAUCUUCCAGCUGAAAGCUUUGGCAGUGAGGUUGGGAAUGGUCCUUCACUAUCUUUUGGGUGGAUGUUGGGGAUGCUCCUUUUAACUGCAGAAGACAGUAUCCCACCACCACUGUGGGUUAAUGAGAAGAGGGACGCACUUGCAACUUCUUGCGGAAAGACCUGCACAUGCAUGUGUGAGCGCCUGAUAACGCUGCUGAAAUCUGCCUUAGACACAGGUUGGUCACCUGCACCAGGACCUAAACCUUGAGAAGGCUGAGGGAAGAGUUUCACUUGACUCCUGGCAACUUUGGAUUUGCCCUUUGUGCCUUCUAAACACCAUUCCAAAUGCCAGGCUGUGCUUUGCUCAGGUGAAGUAAAGUCAAAUGUAAAAUCCCCGUUGAUUUCAGUGGGAUAUCCAUGACUUGUCCCUCAGAGUAUGCAGAAAAAAACCCACAAGGUUUCUGAUUUAAAUGUAAACAGGAAGAAAACAUGGCAUAGGAGUAUAUUCAUCUCUGUCCUUCCCCCUAGCCUACUGCUGGUCCCUGAGGGAAUUGCCCAUUUCUCAGUGGCUCCUACCAUUUCGAGGGGACUGAGGUCCCCUCAAAACAAAACUCAGUCUCCCACUGGAAAACAUUUUCCUGCUCCCCUCCACUUUCCCAGCCCGAAUACUUGUCAGGCUAGGCACCUCAGACGUUUAUCUGGUAACUGAGUUAUUAAAAGAUUUGGUUUCCUUGGGAUCAUAAAUCAAUAAACAGGAGGAUUAACACGGCAGCUUUGCUUUUUAACUCAAGGGAAAUAUCUGAGGAGAGACCGUGAAAAGUUUGUUUUCAAACCAAACAGGUGGGUUACUGUAAAUUUUAUUUCAUUCUUAGUUUUGUUUUUGUUUUUUUUUAAUAACAAUUCUUUGUUUUCUGUUAGGAAGGUCUUUGUUUUUGUACUCUCCCUGACUUUUUUAUUCGCCUGGUUGGUAUUCACACAAGAUGUGAAGGAAACAAGAAGCCAAUUUUAUGGGAAUCCUUUUACAACCCGAUAAUUUCUUUAAGAUCGGGUUGUGUCUUGUCCCACCUAAUAGAAAUUCUCUGUGAGAAGCUGUUUUAAGUCCCUUUGCAUCCCAGACCAACCUCUCCCAAAAAUCCCUAAAUUUACAUUUGGGAUUGGGAGGGGGAGGGGGAAGGAUGGUUUUAAGACCUUUAGCUAUGCCCAAAGGGCUUAUUGACUUCCCCUGCUCAUCCCUUUCUGACCAGUUUAUCACGCAGACUUAUUUGGCUCUGUUUUAACAUGUUUCUUGGAGAAUUUGGUGCUCAUUUCAGCUGCCACAAGCAUUGCCAGAUUGAUCCGGCCAAACUCCUGCUCCCCUUCAUCUUCCCUGUGUGUGAGAGGCUGUAAGCUUUUUACAAAUAGUAUAUUUUCUUAUACAAAGGGAGAAAGUAAAAGCAUAUAUCCCCAAACACACUGGCAAAUGCCUGAACAUUUUGAGAGAGAUGAAACAUUGUGUGCUAGCAAGAAAUAAAGGAAAAAAAAACAAACCAAACAAAUACAAAGCUUUGAAAAAGAGAGUGAGAAACUGGAAAGAUAAAAGAAAAAACUAAUAAUUCUCCUUUUAUGCCCCAAAUGAUCCCUUUCACCUCCUCUUCUUGAAAAAUCUGACCAUGCAGUGAGAAAUAUCAGUUUAUUGACUCUUCCUGAGAAGAAAUGUGGAGAGGCAUUCAGUAUUGAGUUUGUAUAUAUUUAUUUAUGCUUAAUUUAAUGGGAAUGUGUAAAUAUGGCGAGCAAGUAGUUUUUGGGUUAUUUAUCUGUGAAUCUAUACCUCUGUGAAUGGGUGGGGGAAUUUAAAACAAAAAGUAAAAUAAAUAAUUAAAAAAAAACAAAAAAGAAAAAAAACAAAACCAACAAAAAAAAAAAAAUCCCGCUUGACUAGAUAGUAUCCUAUCUGAAUCUUUUCUGUUCUUUAUAGACAAGCUGUUAUGGUAAUGGGUAGAAAUUGGUUUCUUGUCCAGUGAUGACCUGAUUUACAUAAAUAAUAAGAAUAAGAAUAAAAGAAAAAGAGAUUGUUGUGUUUUGUUGUAUUUUCCUCUUCAGUUUUUUUGAAUGUUGGUGCUGCUUCGAUUCUGCAGACGGAUUUACUUAUAACACCAAGAAGUCUAUAUUUUCCCAGUCUAGGCUUUGGGGAAAUUCAGGACAUGUCUCGACAUUAAAAGAAAAAAAAAGACAAAAAAAAAA